CCUAGGAUAACACUUAACACUGCUGGCUGGUGGCCAUCAGCCUCCUAGAGAAAUCCCCUGACACAGCAGAUGGUAUCUACGAGGUUUAAGGGGCAAGAGAGACCCGGAGACCCUGGAAGAGCUUCUCCUGUGCACUGGGACUGGCUAGUUGUGAGCUAGUCUUGGUGGUUGUCAUGAUGCAGAAGUUAGGGAGGAAAGCUCCAGAGCUGUCACUGAGGUCCCUGGGGCCUGAAAUGGAACGAUCAGAAUUCCCAAGGCUUCCACAAAAGCCUGGAAGCCAUGGCUUAGAAAGAGAGAUGUCGGGGUUCCCACGGCUAGGACCGAGGUGGAGGUGACCGCGCAUGGACUUUCAGAGGAGGCUGGGCCUUUUGCUCACAGCCCUCAGCGCGGGGCUACUGCUGCUUUUCAGCUGGGUGACGCUUGCUCAGCCCAUCUCUCUUUCAGCACUGGCCCACCACCCCCACUUGUGCCAGACUAGCUGGGAUGCUGAUGGCCGCCACUACCCCGGUUUUUUCUGUCCUCGGCUGUCGGAUACCCCGGAGGAAGCUUACUGCUGUCACCUGCAGGCUGCAGGGGGCUCCUGCUGCACCCGGGCUGAAUUUGAGGCCUUGUACCAGGUCAACCUGUCCGCCCUUCCGCCCCCACCCCUCCUCAGGGGCCGGGGUCCGCUCCUAGCGCUGGGCCUCUAUACCCUGCUGCUCGUGGCCCUGAUGACCGCCGACCUCGUGCACUUCUGCCGCAGUCGGGCAGGGGGUCGGCGCCCAGGCAGCCUCGGGCCUCCCUCUGGGUCCUCUGCCGCGCGCCCCCUGCUGAUCUCUGCUGGAACACACUAG